GGCAGGCGGGCAGUCUCACCCUAAUGUAAGAUGGUGGCCGGUCUGGCAGCGGAGCGCGCAGAGCCUAGAGAUUACCCGUCUCUCAAAUAAAGGUCGUCGGUGGAGACACUCAGCUCUAUCCCCGCGAUCAUCAAAAAGAACCAGGGCCCGAGAGAGUAUUGCCGCCCCCGCCACCAGACAGCCCGGUUGCUGUGGAACAGGGACGACGAGAUCUUUGAAUAUCUUCAUUUUUUUCUGGGCUGAUCUUAUUACUCCCUUAAGUUAUUACAUAUAUUUGCUGCUCUGUGAGAAGAGAUGUCUCGCAGCCCAGAUGCAAAGGAAGACCCUGUUGAAUGCCCCCUUUGCAUGGAGCCUCUGGAGAUUGAUGACAUAAACUUCUUCCCUUGCACCUGUGGUUACCAGAUCUGUCGCUUCUGUUGGCAUCGUAUUCGCACAGAUGAGAAUGGACUUUGUCCUGCUUGUAGAAAGCCAUAUCCAGAAGAUCCAGCAGUAUACAAGCCACUCUCCCAAGAAGAGCUGCAGAGGAUAAAAAACGAAAAGAAGCAGAAACAAAAUGAGAGAAAACAGAAGAUAUCAGAGAAUCGUAAGCAUCUGGCCAGUGUACGGGUUGUACAGAAGAACCUUGUUUUUGUAGUAGGUUUAUCACAGCGUCUAGCAGAUCCAGAGGUUUUGAAAAGGCCAGAAUAUUUUGGAAAAUUUGGUAAAAUACACAAAGUUGUCAUCAAUAAUAGCACAUCAUAUGCAGGCUCACAGGGUCCAAGUGCAAGUGCAUAUGUAACAUAUAUCCGGUCAGAAGAUGCACUCAGAGCUAUACAAUGCGUUAAUAAUGUGGUAGUAGAUGGAAGAACACUUAAGGCAUCUUUAGGAACCACAAAGUACUGCAGUUAUUUUCUGAAGAACAUGCAGUGUCCAAAGCCAGACUGUAUGUACCUACAUGAAUUAGGGGAUGAAGCAGCCAGUUUCACAAAAGAAGAAAUGCAGGCUGGCAAGCAUCAAGAAUAUGAACAGAAGUUACUCCAAGAGCUAUACAAAUUAAACCCCAACUUUCUCCAGUUGUCCACAAGUGUGGUUGACAAGAACAAAAACAAAGUGACUUCUCUACAGAGGUAUGAUGUACCCAACAGUAAUAACAAAGAUGCCUGGCCAUCAUUACAGAGUUCAAGUAAAUCAGUCAACGGCUUAACAAUGGAACACAGGAAAACGCCUCCUAUUUUAGAAAAUGGCACAGACACAGAACACAUGACUCCAGAUGGUCCAGAUUCAGAUUUCGGCUCUAUUGACAAGCCAUCAGAUUCUCUCAGUAUAGGAAAUUGUGACAACUCACAACAGAUAUUAAAUAGCGACACACCAUCACCACCUCCCGGUUUAUCAAAAUCCAAUUCAGUCAUCCCAAUCAAUUCAUCCAAUCACAGUGCACGUUCUCCAUUUGAAGGAGCUAUAACAGAGUCACAGUCCCUCUUCUCAGACAACUUUCGACAUCCCAACCCAAUUCCAAGUGGACUCCCCCCAUUUCCCAGCUCCCCACAGACGUCCAGUGACUGGCCCAUGGCACCAGAGCCACAGAGUCUCUUCACAUCAGAAACCAUCCCAGUAUCCUCCUCUACAGACUGGCAGGCAGCAUUUGGAUUUGGUUCAUCCAAACAGCAAGAAGAUGACUUGGGAUUUGAUCCCUUUGAUAUCACCCGCAAAGCCUUAGCAGACCUGAUUGAGAAGGAACUGUCAGUUCAAGAUCAACCGUCUCUUUCACCAACAUCUCUUCAGAAUCCUUCCUCACACACUACAACUGCCAAAGGGUCAGGAUCUGGAUUUCUGCAUCCUGCUACACCCGCAAAUGCCAAUUCUCUCAAUAGCACAUUUUCAGUCUUGCCACAGAGGUUCCCACAAUUUCAACAGCAUCGUGCAGUUUAUAAUUCCUUCAGUUUUCCAGGCCAAGCAACUCGCUAUCCAUGGAUGGCCUUCCCUCGCAAUAACAUCAUGCACUUGAACCACACAGCAAAUCCCUCUUCAAAUAGUAAUUUCUUGGACUUAAAUCUCCCACCUCAACACAGCACAGGUCUAGGAGGGAUUCCCAUAGCAGGUAUCCCAGCCUCCACUGGAAACAGUUUAGACUCUCUUCAAGACGACAAUCCACCGCAUUGGUUAAAGUCUCUUCAGGCUCUCACAGAGAUGGAUGGCCCCAGUGCUGCCCCAACACAGACCCCCCACAGUAACCCCUUCAGUACACAGAUUCCAUUGCACAGAGCCAGUUGGAACCCCUAUUCCCCUCCUUCAAACCCUGCCAGUUUCCAUUCUCCUCCUCCAGGCUUUCAGACAGCUUUCAGACCCCCCAGUAAACCCCCCACAGAUUUACUACAGAGCUCAGCGUUGGAUCGUCAUUAGGAAAAGUACAAAAACAUUAGAAAUGCAGGAAUGGCUCCUUCCAGACUUCCUGUACUCACCUAUGGCCCCUCUUUCAUAUAUUUCUUUCUGAAGAAUCUGGUUCCUGGUCAAAAAUCUUCCCCAACCAGCUUCCAAAUGCAAUGCAAUCACAGGGUCAUAACUAUUAUCUUUUUUCUUAAGUUUUGCUGAGUCGGUGUUUGAAGUACACUGUUUAAAAACUAUUUCUUUAAACACACUAAGAGAGAAAUCAAAGUGCAUAAUAUUUUCAUGAAUCUUUUGCACAUAAUUAUUUUAGCGUAGCAGAAAAAUGUCAUGUUGACAAUAGAAGAAAAUAAUACAAAAUUCAGAAUCCAGUGCAGAAAUAUAUUGGGGAAAAGCAGUGGCCUAACAUUCAUGUUGCAUUCUGUGAGUUGAUUAUACAGGGAAAUACUUUUGUUCCUCUUUUUUUUUUCUUGAAGGGUUGGGACAGUUUUGUCAGAAAAAUUUUGGCAUAAAGUAGGUGAAAGACAAUUUGCCUGUAGAAACAACUGACAUGUUGGUAAGAAAUGAUUUAACAGAGGGAAUUUUUAAACGUUUUGGCUUUAGAUUUCAAAUAAAUAUGUUUUAAAAAUAUCACAGAUUUAAUACCUAGCAUAUACAUAAUAUAAUUAUAAGCAGCUGAAACACGAGUGAUAUUCACUUCAAUCUUUCUGUCUUCUUGUCAGUCUCUCUCUCUCUUUUUUUUUAAAUCACCUGAUUAAGACACUCUGAGAUAGCACUGCAUUGGGGCCACAAGUUCAUCAUCAGGAGCGCAACCUUUGACGACCUCUGCCUGCAGCUUUUACUUAACCUUGUAGUUUCUGGACGUUUGUGCAGUAUUGAAAGACAGGGAAAAA